AUGGGGGUUGAAGAAAAUGGUGAGGUCAUGGGCGAUGAAAUGAUCGCAGUAGAAGGCGAAGAAGAAGAUCUUGAAGACGAAGAAGCACUAGCAUCACCCAACCAUCCCCUCCCAAACCUUGACCCCCCGCCCUCCCACCUCCGCGAGAUUAGCACCCUUGCUUCCUGGACUGUAUCGAGCUCAAAACCUGGCUGUUCGAUCCCGCAACUCCGGCACCCAUCAACAGCCCUCUUCUGGCAAUCCGACGGUCCCCAACCACAUUACUUGAACAUUCACUUCUUCAAACUCGUCCGCAUCGUUGGCUUGCGCUUGUACCUGGAUUUCGAGCAAGAUGAAAGCUACACGCCGACACGUAUCAUCUUUCUUGCGGGCAGCGGAAUGAACGAUCUGCAAGAGUGGGGUGAGAUGAAGCUCGAGAGCCCCAGGGGAUGGAUAUGGGCAGAUUUCAGCGGCGUAGGGGACCCAGACAGCGAUUCCUCCGACGCAGACGAAGACGAAGGAAGAGAGGAAGAAGAGGGGAGAAUGAUACUCGACGCUGCCCCUCAAACGUCCGCCCACGACCCAGAAGACGACACGGAUUCCGAGUUCGAAAACUUCCUGCCCCCUCGCACACGCAGCUCUGCCUUCCAACACUCCCACACCAACCAGUCUGCCCAGACACACUCACCCCUACCCGUCAUGGCCUAUCACGCGCAAACACCAAACCGCACUCCCUUCACUCCUGUCAUCCCAAGCCCCCCACGCCAGAGUCCGUCGCGUCGUAAACCCCUCAGUAGGCCCGCCCCCAAGAUGCCCGUCCUCCGCGCACACCUCGUGCAAGUCAAGAUCCUGGAGAACCACCAGAACGGCAAGGACACGCAUCUCCGCGGUUUGCAGAUCUUUGCGCGCAACGACGAGGCGGAGGGUCGAGGGUCCGCGGCGGUGAGAAUGAUCAAGGGGAGCGAGAUGAAGCUUUUGACCGGGAGUGCGAAUGAGGUGGGGAAGGGCGGCAAGAAGGGCGCGAAGAAAUACGAGAGGCUGGAUUUGGGGACCGGGAGUAGGAGUGCGUGGGAUGUUGAGCCGAGUAUACGGUGA